CCCGCUCCAUUCACAGAAACGCUGGCUCGCUCGCUGGCCCUUUCAUUCACACAAACAGCAUCUCAUUCACAUUCUGUCGUUUUUUUGUCUGCUUCUAAUGAAGACCACGGUUUGGGAAUGGUGGGGCUGACUUGCUUCAGAUUGGAGGGGGACUCUAAUCACCAUCGAAAUCGUCCGUGGGGUGCGCAUCUGCUGUUGCUAUGCAAGCUAGGGGAAGGGAAAAAAGAGAGUGCGGGGUGGCUGCUGGGCUAGGGCUGCGGCGCGGUUGGAGAGCGGUGGGGAAGUGUUUGCUGCGCCAGGGCGGGCCUGGCUGCUCUGCGCUCCUCCGUCCUCUGAAGCCUGCCUCACCCGCGCUCCCGCCAUGGGUGGCGCUCCCUAAACUCCGUUCCUGGGGCUCCCAGAAAGCCUGGGAACCUCGCAGCCACCUGAGAUCAGCUCCGGGCGUGAGAAGACUCAGGGUGACCUGCUAGUGUGCUGGAAGGCAAAAGCAUUCGCUUGCACAGAAGUUACCGGGAAACUUUGACAGCGACUGACUUCUCUGUGGUGCAGGUUAUCAAUCUUAACGCAUGAGGCCACCUGGCAGAGGCCACCGAGGAAGGGGUCAGUGGGUCUCAGAAUCUUGGACAGACCUUCGGGGAGGCUGUCGAUGUCCUGUUCUCCUAAACGCCAGGAAGAAGGCCUGUGUGUGUCACUGCAAGCCUGAGCCUGACUCCCAAGGAUGAGGCCGUUCUUGCUGUGGAUUUGAUGGGCAGUUAGAGCAGCCGCAUUUUUUUCUGCCUGACUGCAGGGCUGCAAAGCAGCAAUUGAAGGGACAUUGAAAUGGAUUGGUGGUGUUCCUAAGGCAUGCUUCCAGGGCUCAAACACAUUCAGCUGGAAUAAAGCUCACAACGCAGCCCUCUUUCCCCUUUUUCUUUUUUGGCAUGGAUUUCUCGAGCCUGUUGCCGCUCAUCAUAGAAGCACUAUUCUUUUUUGGAAGUAGAUUUUCAACUUAACCCUGACUGAGAAAGGCUGCUGAUUGCUGUAAAUUAUCAGGAAAGACCCCUUGAGCUGUACUGAGAAGAAGUGCAUGAGCAGAUUUGGUUUUUUCGUGUGUUAUCUGAGGAAUUGCUUCGCCACAGACACUCGCCAGCAGACAUUCAUGGCUGCUCUGUUGAUCUGAACAAGAAAAGCAAACCACAGAAAAUUGAUGCUUUUUAAAAAUAUUCAUCUGAUGGUGAAGGGUCCCCUCUUUUUCUUACUUAAAAAUUCUUGCUCCUUUCCAAAUCAGGAUCCAUCAGGAUUCGCCUGAAGAUCUCUUAGGAAGCCUUCGUCACAUUUUAACGCAUCGCUGUCAGGCACUUCUGGGGCUCACCCACAUGAGCUGAGCAAAGGAAGAACAAACCCUGACAUGGAAUAAUGGAUUUUGGAAAGUUCAAGAGAUCAUUUGAAGGAGCUGGAUUUGCCUUUGGCACAAAUGCGGGCUGGGGAAGGGGUAGGUGAAAAAGCAAAGAUCGGAAGGAAAUAUCUGCGAAGGUAGAAAAAGGAAAAUUGAGAACUGAUUGGCUGUAGUUGCUGACAGCGGGUGGAUGUCGUUUUCUUCUCUCUCUUUUUGCUACAGGAAGUGGUUUGCGGAGCUCACCGAGCCUUUGUUGAGAAGGGUCUCCUCAGAGUGAGUCACGCUUUUGCUGGGAGCAGCCCGGUGCAGCUGGGCGCUCCAUCAGCGGCAACUAUGACUUUUGCAAGGCAAGCGUUCCACCCCAACCCGUGGUCUCCCGGGCCCGCGCUGCGUGUCGGCUGCUCUGCUGCCUUGUAACGGUGUGAGGGCUCGGUCGCCGGCCUCGUCUGUCCCUCUCCGGAAAGGUUGUCCUGGGACCCCAGCUCCUGGUCCCUCUCCGGGGCUCGCGGCUCGUGUGCUAUGCGCGGCAGCCCGCGCCGGGGCCGGCACCAGCAGCGCCCGGGCGGAUGCGGCGAGCUCACGGAGGGGCAUGCUUCCACGCACCAAGUACAACCGCUUCAGGAAUGACUCGGUGACAUCGGUCGAUGACCUUCUCCACAGCCUGUCGGUGAGCGGCAGCGGCAGCGGCGGCAAGGUCUCGGCGGCGCCCGCGGCGACCCCCUACCUGGUGUCGGGCGAGGCGCUGCGCAAGGCGCCGGACGAUGGGCCCGGCAGCCUGGGCCACCUGCUCCACAAGGUGUCCCACCUGAAACUCUCCAGCUCCGGCCUGCGUGGCCUGUCGUCGGCCGCCCGGGAGCGGGCGGGCGCGCGGCUCUCGGGCAGCUGCAGCGCGCCCAGCCUGGCGGCCCCGGACGGUGGCAGCGCGACCCCCGGGUCCCGCGCCCAGGCCGCCAGCAUGAGCGCCCCCAGGAAGAGCCGGGCCGGCGACGAGCCGCUGCCCAGGCCCCCGCGGGGCGCACCUCACUCCAACGACCAGGUGCUGGGGCCGGGAGUCACCUAUGUGGUCAAGUACUUGGGAUGCAUUGAAGUUCUGCGCUCAAUGAGGUCUCUUGACUUCAGCACAAGAACUCAGAUUACCAGGGAAGCCAUCAGCCGUGUCUGCGAAGCUGUGCCAGGUGCCAAAGGAGCCUUCAAGAAGAGAAAGCCUCCAAGUAAAAUGCUGUCCAGCAUCCUGGGGAAGAGCAACCUCCAGUUCGCAGGGAUGAGCAUCUCCCUGACCAUCUCUACCGCCAGCCUGAAUCUGCGCACUCCCGACUCCAAACAGAUCAUAGCGAACCAUCACAUGCAGUCCAUCUCCUUUGCCUCUGGGGGAGACCCGGACACAACAGACUAUGUUGCCUAUGUCGCUAAGGACCCUGUUAAUCGCAGAGCUUGCCACAUUCUGGAAUGCUGUGAUGGGCUAGCCCAAGAUGUCAUUGGCUCCAUUGGACAAGCCUUUGAACUCCGGUUCAAACAGUAUUUGCAGUGUCCUUCCAAGAUUCCUGCUCUCCAGGACCGAAUGCAGAGUCUGGAUGAGCCAUGGACUGAAGAGGAGGGAGAUGGUCCUGAUCACCCAUACUACAACAGUGUUCCCAGUAAGAUGCCUCCUCCAGGGGGGUUUCUUGAUGCUCGACUGAAAGCCAGACCCCAAGCUCCUGACACAGCCCAGUUUGCAGGGAAAGAGCAAACUUAUUACCAGGGAAGACACUUAGGAGACACAUUUGGUGACGACUGGCAGCGAGCACCCACCAGGCAAGGUUCCUUGGACAUCUAUAGCACACCAGAAGGGAAAGGGCAUAUGGCUCUGGUAGGAGAGACACCAACCUAUGUCAACACCCAGCCGGUCCCUCCACAGGUUUGGCCAGCAGCAAGCAGCAGCACUGAGAGCAGCCCACGGAAGGACCUCUUUGACAUGAAGCCUUUUGAAGAUGCUCUCAAGAACCAGCCCCUGGGGCCCGUGUUGAGCAAAGCGGCGUCUGUGGAGUGCAUCAGCCCUGUCUCACCCAGAGCCCCAGAUGCCAAGAUGCUGGAGGAGCUUGAUGCUGAGCCCUGGUACCAAGGAGAGAUGAGCAGGAAGGAGGCAGAGGCACUGUUGCGAGAAGAUGGAGACUUCCUAGUCCGAAAGAGUACUACCAACCCUGGCUCCUUUGUCCUCACAGGCAUGCACAAUGGCCAGGCCAAGCACUUGCUGCUGGUGGACCCGGAAGGCACGAUCCGGACAAAGGACAGGGUCUUUGACAGCAUCGGCCACCUCAUCAACUACCAUCUUGAGAGCAGCUUGCCCAUCGUCUCUGCAGGGAGCGAGCUUUGCCUCCAGCAACCAGUGGAGAGGAAACACUGAGCUGGCCCAGCACCCUGCCCACGCCUUGUGCCAGGUCAGGGGGACCUGGGUCCACUGCUCUCGGCCUCUGGGGACUGGGGCCUCUGUCUGUGGGCACACCGCCUUCCUCAAGAGCUCCUCUCAAGGGAGCGUUCCUUCAAGUUCAGAUUUCAUAAACACGUUCCACACAUCUCAGAUGCGUAUUAGAGGUGUAUAUACCCACACAUCCUGUACAAAUGGGCCCUAUAUUUAUAUUUUUUAAGACUAAGAAAGAUGUGAGACUAAUGCCCUAUGCUGUAUGUUUUUAGUGAGAGGCAAAUUUGAUGGUAGUUGUUCAGGCAAAAAUUUUAAUUCAGCUGACCUACUGGGAAAUUUUGCUAGGAAGGUGUAAUCUGCAGUUCUAUAUAAUAAGCACAACACAAGGUGAAUGCAGGUGAGCUGGCAGCCCCAGGACAGACAGACUUGAGAUAGAAUACGGCAGCAUGCUGCCCAAACAUCUGCCCCUGCCCUACAGCUCAUGUGAGUGCUGGUUCUGGGCUGUAGCUUUGUUCACAGAUGGACGUGCCUCCUCUGGCUCUGGCUUCUGUAACCCCAGACAGAUGGCAUGUCAAUGGAUUUUCUGUCACGUGAUGACCCACUGAAGCCCCACUCCAAAGCAGGUGGUACUCUGCCUCUUUUCUGGGGUCAUGUUUCAGGUCAUGUUUGACCCAUGUUGUUUGGGUCAUGGGGACCCAUCACCUUUGACCCCAGUUGUGUGUGUGUAUGGAUUUGGAGCAUUCAUUCGAGGCCAAAUAUGGUACAAAAUAAGACUUAAGAUCUCCAAUUGACAAAUGCUUCCUUUGUUUUCAUCAGUAUAGUGAUGAAUGUCUGUGGAAGGCAGGCUAUGGAAAGUUUUCCUGGUCUGUAUGUCCUUCAAGCCAGUGUGUUCAUUACAGGCUAUGAGUGGAAGGUGUUGGUGAAAUGGCCUCCCACCUACCUCUUGUAUUCAGUAGAACAAAAAGCAUGUGUAAGAGCCUUGCGAGGCAUGUACCAGCUUCUGCCCAGGAUUGAGCCUUGGAGACACACCCACUGUCUGUUCUGCCCAUUUCAGUGUAUACUUGGCAUCAUGCUCCAGAGUCUUUGGAGCCAGCUGGAGUGAAGGAUGAUGGUGAACCCCUUCCCCUCCCCUCCACAUCUUCUCAGUAGCCCAAUGAAAAGGGAUCACACCCAUGGCCCUCUAUCUUGACCCUCUUCCUACCAGCUCAGAAGCUGUUGAUUCAUGGUGGGUGAUUUCAUGCUUGAAAAUUGGCUGUGUCUAUGACUUAAAAAACACUUGGGCUGUGAUCACUCUGUGACUUAACAAACACAGGCAGAUGAUGCAUUUGUUGGUUGGUACCUCCUCAUGAGACUGCAACCUGGGCUCUGGUCCCCAUGAGACCCCAUGUGUGUGGCACCUCGGGUCAGUAAAAAAGGAAGCUGAACAUUUUAGGGUUGGACGGUCAUAAAUUGGAUGUUUUAAGAGGAACUGUGUGUGUGUGUGUAGAGAGGGUGUAUAGUGUUUAAGAACACUGGCUUCUCUUCUAGAGGACUUAAGUUCAAUUCUCAGCACCCAUAUGAGAGCUCACAGUUAUCUGUAACUCAAAUCCCGGGUAUUUAUCUUCUUCUGGCCCCCAUGGGCACCAAGUAGACACAUGAUGCACAUACACAUUUGCAAGCAAAAAUAGCCAUACAUAUAAAAAUAAACUAAUAUUUAAAAAAGAGUAGUUAAGGGGAAACUUAACCAUUAGGCAAAUCAGGGUUCUGCAUGGCUCUAAAGCUAAGCGUGGGAACACUGCUUCUCCUGCUGUGUACUCAGUUGGGUGCCAACGGGUGAGUCUGGGUUGAGAAGAUACAUGAGAGCCUCUUUUCAGUUUUUACCCUUUGAGGGCCCACUGAAUCCAAGUUGGCAGUAGAAUGUUCUAGAAUUAGAAUUCUGGGGAACCUAGCAUCAACACUCACUGGCCUACUUCAUCCUGAAUGGUGUUGGUGGCAGACACUACAUGGAUGAAGCCCUGGAGAUGAGCAGAUAUACUGAUAGCCCCUGGCUCAGGCUCUUGCCCUGGGACCAUAUACAUAGGCUUUGGGAUGCUCCUAAGAGUCACCCAGCAUUCUGUCCCUCAGGAGGCUAUGCCUUGUGCACACACAUACAGGUCCUGUUACUCCCAUGUGUAAAUGUGUGCCACACACAAAUAUAUCUAUAUAAUUAUCUCCCCCCACUUCUUGAAUUCUCCAUGUUGUGCAAGGCUAAAAUGCCUAUGUUCUGGUCACCAAUAAAGUGUUGCUCUGCUUUAUUUCCCUCUCCAGGGAAGUUAAAAAGCAGCAUUCAGAAUUACAUCAGUCUUCUCUGAAGUCAGUGUUGAGUUUGAGGGUGAUAGGAUUUAUAGGAAUCAAUUUAGAAAAUUGAAAGUACUGGGGUCAAUGUUUUUCUUUUCAAUUUUAAUUCAAAAUAUGUAAUUUUGAUCUCAGGUUACAGGACUGGACGUGUGCUUAGGGAAGUUUUUCAGACACAAGACAGCCAUGUUCUGACCUAUGUUUCCUGUCAAGUAUGUCAGAGGUCACAAAAAGUUUAUCAUUUCUUUCUACAAACACAUGGGGAAACUGAGGCUCCCUUCAGGUCCCUUGGUCAGCCAACAGCAGAGCCAUUUUCCUCACUCCGUGUUUUCUGUGCACAGCUGUGGGCUAGUCUGUGCUUCGCGGCCAGGGCUUGGAGGCAAACCCAGCAAAGCCUCGUCCUUGAGCCCGAGUUCCUCUUCCUUCGCUUUCCUGCCCAUAUCCGCCUGGGUAGGGCAGGGUUACAGGCUACAAAGCAGCAACUCCAGGCAGAACAGCACUAUAUCGUGCAUUCAGGUCUCCAGCUCCUGGGCACAGUGGCCGAGUCUAGGCCAGGCAUCAGCAUUCCAAGUGUGCCUGGAUCCUGUGCUCCUUCUUGUGGGCAUCCUGCUACACCACCCAGAACUCUGCAUCCAUUAGUGGUGCGUGAUGGGGCCCAACAGUCUUAAAGCAGCCUCUCUGCUCUGGCACCGUGGCCCUAAAGCUCCUGCCUAGUCCCUCUUUCCGUGCCCUCCUGGGAGAGUUAGCUGCGCUUCAAAUAGCCUCUCCAUGCUGGUGAGGCUGGUUGGGCUUCCCAUGGGGCUGCUCAUCAUGGUCUAGGUUGGCUCUGAACUUCUCCCCCCACCAUCAGGUGGGCAGUCUGCUAACGACACAUUCAAAUAGCUCCAUCGUGAAUCUACACUUAGGUUGCCAUGGUGUCCUUCUUGUAUUUAAAGAACCAAGAGCUGGGUGCCUGCUCAGCCUUGAUGAGCAGCUUUCUGUUACAGGCCAUCUCAGAUGGUGGACUGAUGGACUGAUGCCAAAUAGGCCACAUGUGGCAACUGUGAGGUUGUCCUGGCAACAGAGGCAGUUGUAAGUAAAGGCUGUGAUACACCAUGAGUGGAAGGAAAAGCCUAGAUUGGAAGGGAGGAAGAGACAAGGGAGAAUGAAUUCCCCAAAGUCCAUAGGCUUCAGGUCUCAGUUGCCAUGUGUCCAGGCUCCAUGUCCAUCCUGGUGUCCUGAAAAUGCCCCCUUCCCCAAAGGGAGGCUUUCCCCAUGGCAGAAUCAGACACCUAGGAGGCUUCCUUAUUGGAGUGGCCAUAGAGGGGCCAUCUCAUUUCCAUGUUAGAGCCAAUAUCACAUGCUCUUCUUGUUGGAGUGAGUUGAGUAGAAACCCCAUGUCCCCAAGAUAGUGAUGCAGCAGUGGCCACCUCAGUAAAGCUCAGCCCCAGGACACCCAGAACAGGAAACCUCAGCCCCAGGACACCUAGGACAGUAAAGCUCAGCCUCAGGAUACCUAGAACAGUAAAGCUCAGCCCCAGGACACCCAGAACAGUAAACCUCAGCCCCAGGACACCUAGAACAGUAAAGCUCAGCCCCAGGAUACCUAGAACACUAAAGCUCAGCCCAGGACAACUAGAACAGUCAAGCUCAGCCCCAGGACACCUAGAACACUAAAGCUCAGCCCAGGACACCUAGAACAGUCAAGCUCAGCCCCAGGACACCUAGAACACUAAAGCUCAGCCCAGGACACCUAGAACAGUGUGGCUUUGGCUGCCAGAUGGGUUCUCUGAUCCGUGGCUUGUGCCACACCCUAGGGCUUUCCUCAAAGAGUGGUGUGGUUUGAUAAGUAUGCGAAGUGCAUGGAAGGUUUCUUCCUGGGACUCUUCAUUCACAAAGCAUAUUUCUCUUCUCCCCCACAAGCCAAAGAUGGCAUGCCAUCUAUAAACAGCCCUGUGAAUGGUGACAGCCAGAUUUUAAGUAGGAGGAGGAUAGAAGAAGGAUUGCAAAAGAGAUCAUGUGCCCAGACAAAUCUGUGUGAUGCUAGUUCUUAUGAAACUGUUGAAGUUUUUUCCAAGAAAGACAGUAUAGAUAAACCCCACUCCUGGAACAUAUUACAAAUCUAGACUGCUUGGCUUUGUCUGAGAUAAUGAGCAGGUGUUUCCAAGACAGUUCAGCUGUCUUGGAGGGGCCCUUGUUUUUUAGGUGAAGAAACUGAGCCAGGCAGUGGAUGGUGAUAGUCAGUGGCUAGAUCUUGUAAAGCAUGCAGGACUUACUAAGGCCUGUUGAGGCUCAAACAUGUAGCUCACUCUAUGGAAGCAACAAGCAGUCCAUUUAUCCUCAUAUUUCACAUUUCAAAACACAUGAAGGACUCAGCCAUUUACAUGAGAGACAGGACUUGUGGUUGGUGACUUAGCUGAUGUUCUCCCAAAAGGUGGCCCCAGAGGGGAUUUGGGUACAUAUAGCUUAUUUUGGAAAUGAUCCCAGGACUCAAGAGGGAAGUGGCUGAUGAGGAAUGGUUGCACUGUGGAGCAUGUUUCUAUCAAGUGUAUACCUGGGGCGUCUACCAGCUGCUGAGCUUUGGGAGCAGAACUGAACACACCUGAGGUAGCCAGUGGAGGGGCAGGGGCUCCACUGCAGCCAGCAUGGGUGGAAGGCUAUCUCCAGUGAUGUCUGCCAUGCCCUGUGUACACCCAUGCAUUCUCUGCAAGCUGGGACAUUCUGGAGCAGAGGCUGGCGUUCGUAAUAAACAGAGCAGAAGGCAGAUGUCAAAGCAGCAGGCUGCUUAUCCCACACAUAGAUUUCGGGGCUCUGCCCCUCGAGGUCCCAACUCAGUGGGGCUAGAGCAAGGAUGGCAUGCUUGCAUUUUCAGUAUGAGGAUGAUGGGUAUGCCUGGGGUCUCGGCUUUGACAUUGACUGGUGAGUGUUCUAGCCCUUCAUUGACUCUUACGGGUGGCUCCCCCUCCCCUCCCCUCCCCCACCUUUUAUGAAGAAUUUUUCACACCACUUCAUGUCAUAGAUCCCAGGUCCAUUCUGUGAAUUUAAAAGUGGAGAAUUAAUAAGUACUUAUAACUCCCUGCAACUGUGGCUGGCAGAUAAAAUGCCAUCUGCCAGACAAGAUUUAUUUAUAAUGGGGUUUAUACAUAUUUAUAAGUUUGCAAGCAACAAAUGCAGAGUUUUAAAACUGGCACAUUUUAUAGCAGCCAGAAAAAAAAAAUCUUGCAACUUUCUACCAGGUUUUUUGAGUGUGAACUGCAUGUGUACAUUACACACAAACACAAACUUUCCUUGAUUCAGAUGGAAUGUGUACCUCACUCAGCAUGUGUGUGUCCACACACAGAUCAACUCUCUGCAGGGCAUCGUGAGCCCCUGGGUUUUACUAACAUGAACAACUGUCAAUCAAAAUGGCACCAAGAGCUAGGGGAUUAAUAGACUCUCAUCAGCAGACUCAAGGAACAGGGUGCUGGGUGCUGUGGAAUGUGAGACCAUGGCACAAAAAGGGAAGGAAUGGCUUGCUAGGAGAGUUGGGGAGGAGUGUCACUGUGGACCAUGACAGAGGGAAAGCAAGCCAGUAUAGUAUAGUGAUGAUGUUUGUAAUCCCAGCACUUGGGCGGUAGAAGCCGGAGGGCAGUCAGCCAAGGAUAAGGAAGGGCAGAUGUUGGAUAAAGGAAAAGAGAUGAAACAACUGUAGAUGCACAUCUGUUCUGGCUCCAGUACUGCGCAGGCCUAACCUGACUUGGCUUGCCAGCCUUGCUGGCCACAUUGGUACAGCAUGUCCUAUGCACCUGGCCCUGGAGGGACUCUUGGGACAGAGAAGGAAACACCGGUGGAUCUGCCCCUGUUUUUAAUUUAAUAGAAAGUCCACCCCUAACACACCUGGGGCCGUGUGAGAGUGUUGGCGUGCGGAGGCCUUUCAGUGCUGGUGUGCCCACAUCCAGUUAGGGCCCAGCAAGGGUCAGGGCUGAGCUGGGGGUUCCGAAGGCUUUGCACAGUAGGUAGGUGGCACUGUGGUGCCUGCGAGGCAGAGAAGUGUGCAAAAGUUCAAGAUGCAAGCCUGCCUGGAAACUGCUGGUGUCAGCAGGAUGCUGAGAGCAGGCUGAGAGCCAGCCUUGCCUCUCACUCAGAAGCCCUGGGUAAGUGAAUCCCGGAGACCUCCCAAACACAUUAGUGAUUCUUGUCUUAGGGUAAGAGAGAGAAACCACAGGAAAUGAACAGCUUUAUGCACCCCUUGUGCGUAAAGGACCAUCCUGUGGGGUGAACCUUCUAAGGUACUGGUUCACACUGUACCCACAACAUUUUCCCACAACCAAAGCCACUAACACUGGAGUAAGCGACAACUCACAAGGCAGGGAUGAGUGGACUAACCAAGCUUGGGCGAUGAGUUUUCUUUUCUUUUUUCUUUUAACACUAUGUGUGAGUUGCCAGUUGACUGUUCUCUGUUCAACCGACUAUUGGAUAUAACUUGUUUCAGAGUAUUAUGAAAUUAUGUGAGUUUCUUUGUAUUCAGAAUUAAACAUUUGAUGUUUAAAGACCCAGGAUUAGGAGACAGCUCAGUAUAAAUGUCAUGUGUAACAAGGUAUUUAAUAGUUUUUCAAAAGCAUUUGGAUGGCCAUACAUAUUGAUAUAUGAAUAUUUGGAAAUUUUUUGUUUCUGUUAACUUUCGUGAGACAGACUAUUACUGUAGCAGCAGUCUGUCUGGGCUUAUGGCCAACCUGCACCUUUCUACUUAAAUACUGGCAUGGAACUGGCAUCCUAAGUCACCUGCGAGGAGCAAAAAUACAAAACCAAUUUCAAGUUUUCUAAUAUUUUUCUAUGAUAAAACUUACAUGAUUUGGUGAACAUUUGGAGAUCCCAAGACACAACAGGCAAAGGUAAUUGGCUUGGACUGCCUUACCUCCAGGGACUCCAUCUUGCUCUUUUGGGGAAUGGUGUUGCUGCCUGUCUCAUGCCCUUCACCAUGGGCCUGGCACACCACACCCAAGCUUCUGGGAUGACCAAGUGGAGGCAGAAUACAGCAUCCCUCCCCAUGGCCCAGAUAUGGCAGGUGGCAGCCAAGGGCUGUAGACAAUGCUGCUCUCCUUGUUAUUUCUAGGUACUGGAAUAUGUGCCUUCAUCAUCUAGACAGCCAUCCAUGCAUUCCGGAUUCCAUAGCAGCCCCUCUGAACCUCUGACACUAAAAGCAUUUGGGUGAUGAGGUUUGCACUUGUCCACAGUUUCCAAAGCAUGGAACCAGUGUUGCAAUUAGACAUUUUCUAUAACGCACCUUGUUACCUUUCUGUGAACAGCUCUUUCCCAGCACAGAAGAACCAUGGCUCAAAGAUUGAGAGAAACAACCAUUUUUAAAUAGUUAAUUGUUUCAGUGACUAUAGGUGUAAGUCUGUUGGCAAUAAAGGCUACUGUGAAAAGUU